AUCCAGCCUGACGCACAACACACGCCUCUGCACUGAUAGCAGCACUAGCCUUAUCCGGAUACAACGUCCGUUUGUGACUGUACCAGCAACUGAACAUGCCCGCAGAUACCAUGGAGAAACCCACCGCCUCCCCGAUCGCAGGGGCGCCCGCUAGCUCAGCGCAGACCCCGGAUAAACCCAAGAGUGCCAGCGAGCACAGAAAGUCGUCCAAACCCAUCAUGGAAAAGCGCAGGAGAGCGCGAAUCAACGAGAGCCUGGGGCAGCUCAAGACCCUCAUCCUGGAUGCGCUGAAAAAAGAUAGCUCCAGACACUCCAAACUGGAAAAGGCCGAUAUCCUGGAAAUGACAGUCAAGCACCUCCGGAAUCUGCAGCGAGUGCAAAUGACAGCCGCUCUAACAUCCGACCCCUCAGUGCUGGGAAAGUACAGAGCCGGAUUUAACGAGUGCACGAACGAAGUCACACGAUUCCUCUCCACCUGCGAGGGCGUCAACACCGAAGUGAGGACCAGGCUUCUCGGCCACCUCUCCAGCUGCCUGGGACAGAUCGUAGCCAUGAAUUACCAGCAACCCCCCUCCAGCCAGCAACCACUGCACGUGCAACUGCCAUCCAGCACCCCUGCCCCCAUGCCCAUUUCUUGCAAGGUGAACCCAGCAGAGGCCAUCUCCCCAAAGGUAUUCCAGGGAGGCUUCCAGCUAGUGCCAGCUACCGACGGCCAGUUUGCUUUCCUCAUUCCCAACCCAGCUUAUACCUCCAGCCCCGGACCUGUUAUCCCUCUGUAUGCCAACGCCAACGUGACAUCCCCCGGCGGUCGCCAGAGUCAGUCGCCAGUGCAGGGACUCACCACCUUCGGCCACAAGAUGCCUCACAUGGCGCAAGCCGUUAGCCCUCUAGGGGGCAGCACCGGAGCGGACAGCGCUGAGUCAGUGUGGAGACCAUGGUGAUAACGCUAAGCAGCAGCCAUCAGACUAUAUAUACACAUAUAUAUAUUGGUUCCGUUCUAUGGGACCCUGCCUUAAAAGACAAUCCGCACAAAAAUCUAUUUAUUUCCAAAUCUGGGGGAUUUCACUUUUUUUAUUGUUUACAUAAAAAACACAACUUUGUAUAGAGAUGACCCAUUUUUGUAACAAAGCUCUUUUACUGAGACUGUUUUUGUUUUAUUUUGUACAAUUGCGUACAGAAAUAAUGUGUAAUGCCAAAGUUAUUGUGUUGGUUUUUGUGUCAAAAACUUUCCGAACAUGCAGGAGUUUUAUUGAAUAAACUCUUUUUUUUUUCAUUCGAA